AUGCAAACGCUUGGAGGUUUCGAAAGUCCAUUGGGAUUAGGCUGGAAGUAAGAAAAAGGGAUUAAAAACAAGAAAACACAUAGUUGAUGGGUUAGUCAUCGGUUGCGUCACAGCGAAGGGAUGGAGAUUUCUUCGCAUUUUUGGGUGUUUAGAGGCAUUUGGGGUCGAUGGAGAAGGUCAUUGGGGAUGUUGAGUUAAAGAUGAAGUCACUGGCCCAAUUUUUCAUAAAAAAUUGGUUAUCAAAGGUCAUGGCAAAAUUGAGAUUUUUAGAAAAUUACGGUAGUGCUACACAUCUUUAUGAAAGGGUAAAAAUUUUAAUACGCAAGUUUGGGGAGCCUUACAUUUGCAACAACCUCAUGCUUGGCAACAAUGCGCAAAAGCGAUGUUUUGGUUGCAAAAACAUAUUAGGAAAUGUAACCAAAAUAUUCAUGAAUUCUUUUUGGCAAAAAUUUCGAGACAAAAAAAUUAAAAUUUUUUCGACUAUAUAGCAUUCACGUCUGCACCAAAGCCGUCCCUUUCCAACAACAAACAAUUUGUUUAUCAUCGACGCUGAUCCGGACCCCUCCCUAUCCUCCAACACCCCGACAGUCUCACACGUCCGACCUUGGAUAUGACAGAUUCGCCUCAAGAAUUUAUCCGCUCAAAAGGAAUCUCCUCUGGCAAAAGAUACAAUCGCACGGAGACUCUGAGAUGAUUGACGAACUGUUUCGAGGAGAUUAUCGCAACACAAAUGCCGUGGGAACUGAAGGGCGAGGAACUUUGGACGGUCAUUAG